CUCUGGAAGUUUUUGGGUCAGAGAGAGUUUACUGCAACUACAACAAGGCAGGGCGGAACUGUAGUUUGCAGUGAGUCGAAGGAAGACGGACAGUCAGGCAGAGUAACAGCUUAAAUAAACAGCCAAGUAAGAAGUUAACACGCCGGGGUGCUAGAUCAAACCCCCUCGGUCUUCUGGCGGUACCAUCACGGAUCUGUUCUGGGUGUUUAGGAGGUGUUUGAACUUCCCUCACAUUCUCCCCUAACGUGUUUCCACGAAGGGAGGCGGCGGUGGAGCAGCUCGGCAGCCAUCUUUGGAGCUGCCUGGGAGUGGGACUCGACUACUCUGGCACCCCCAGUUACUUCGAGGGUGGGGAUUUGAGCCUCCAGUAAAUCACAAAUCUGCGACUUAUCAUCGACUGACAGCGUUAAGAAGCAGACGGAUGUAACGCACGACGUCAGCGUGUCGGGGGAUGAAACGGGAAGCAGACUUUUAUAAUCCCAAACUGUUUUGAAUCACACGACAUCCUCCACAGAGCUGAAGCCUGGCCUGUCAGGAGAGGCUCUGAACACAUAUGAGACCACUGUCCUGCAGAUGAGUCAUCGGUGGGGGCUUUCAAGGCGCUGUCGCAGACCCAGAUAGUUCCUGGCGACAGCGGCAUUGCCCCCCAACUCCCCAUUAUGCCCAACAGCAGUCGGGCGGGGAGCCUGAAGGACCCCGAAGUCGCUGAGCUCUUCUUCAAGGAGGACCCAGAAAAGCUCUACUCAGAUCUGCGCGAGAUCGGACAUGGCAGCUUUGGUGCUGUAUAUUUUGCACGGGAUGUGCGGACAAAUGAGGUGGUGGCCAUCAAGAAGAUGUCUUACAGUGGAAAGCAGUCCACUGAGAAAUGGCAAGACAUAAUCAAGGAGGUGAAAUUCCUGCAGAGAAUACAGCACCCAAACAGCAUAGAGUACAAAGGAUGUUACCUGCGAGAGCACACUGCCUGGCUGGUAAUGGAGUAUUGUCUAGGCUCUGCUUCAGAUUUGUUGGAAGUUCACAAGAAACCUCUGCAAGAAGUUGAAAUAGCUGCAAUUACCCAUGGUGCUCUUCAAGGCUUGGCUUAUCUUCACUCCCACAACAUGAUUCACCGAGAUAUCAAGGCAGGAAAUGUCUUGCUGACGGAGCCAGGGCAGGUAAAACUAGCAGAUUUUGGUUCUGCCUCCAUUGCCUGUCCUGCCAACUCCUUUGUUGGGACUCCAUAUUGGAUGGCCCCAGAAGUCAUUUUAGCUAUGGAUGAAGGCCAGUAUGACGGAAAGGUGGACAUUUGGUCCUUGGGAAUUACCUGCAUUGAAUUAGCUGAGAGGAAGCCUCCACUGUUCAACAUGAAUGCAAUGAGUGCCUUAUACCAUAUAGCACAGAAUGAGAGUCCCACGCUGCUGUCCAGUGAAUGGACGGACUAUUUCCGAAAUUUUGUAGAUUCUUGCCUUCAGAAAUUUCCCCAGGACAGGCCCAACUCUGAGGAGCUCUUAAAGCAUGCAUUUGUCCAGCGCGAGCGGCCAGAAUCCGUUCUAAUAGACCUGAUAAGUCGGACUAAGGAUGCGGUGCGAGAGCUGGACAAUCUGCAGUAUCGUAAGAUGAAGAAGAUCUUGUUUCAGGAAGCCCACAAUGGCCCCACAACAGAGGCACAAGAUGAAGAUGAGGAUCCAGAGCACAGCGUGGGUAGGACGGGUACAGUGAACAGCGUGGGGAGCAACCAAUCCAUACCCAGUAUGUCAAUCAGUGCCAGUUCCCAGAGCAGCUCUGUCAACAGUCUCACAGAUGCAGGCGAUGACAAGAGUGAGGUGGACAUUGAGGGAGAUCACACGGUCAUGUCCAACAGCUCUGUGAUACACCUUAAACCGGAUGAGGAGACAUAUAAUGAAGAGUCGGAGCCCAACACCCGGCCAACUGAGCCUCAGUCGCCGCCUGCACACACUCCACGGCCCAAACGGAACCGCGAACACUUUGCUACCAUACGCACAGCCUCAGUGCUUACUCGCCAGAUGAAGGAGCACGAGCAGGAUUCAGAGUUAAGGGAGCAGAUAUUGGGCUACAAGCGCAUGAGGCGGCAGCACCAGAAACAGCUGAUGGCUCUGGAAAACAAGCUGAAGGCUGAAAUGGAUGAGCACCGGCUCCGCCUGGACAAGGAGCUGGAGAACCAGAGGAAUAGCUUCGCCCAGGAGAUGGAGAAACUGAUCAAGAAGCACCAGGCGUCCAUGGAGAAAGAUGCAAAAACUUUUACCAAUGAUGAGAAGAAGUUCCAACAACAUAUUCAGAGUCAGCAGAAGAAAGAGCUCAACAGCUUCCUGGAAUCCCAGAAACGGGAGUACAAACUUCGAAAGGAACAACUUAAAGAGGAGUUGAAUGAAAACCAGUCAACACCCAAGAAAGAAAAGCAGGAGUGGUUGUCCAAGCAGAAGGAGAACUUCCAACACUUCCAAGCUGAGGAAGAGGCCAACUUGCAGCGCAGACAGAGGCAGUACCUGGACCUGGAGUGCCGCAGGUUCAAACGGAGGAUCUUGAUUGCUCGCCACAAUAUUGAACGGGACUUAGUGCGUGAGGAGCUGAACAAGCGUCAGACCCAGAAGGACUUGGAACACGCCAUGCUUCUCCGGCACCAUGAGUCCAUGCAAGAACUGGAGUUCCGCCAGCUCAACAACAUCCAAAAGACGAGGGCCGAGCUCACCCGCCUGCAGCACCAGACGGAGCUCACCAAUCAGCAGGAGUACAACAAGAGGAGGGAGAGGGAACUUCGACGCAAACACGUCAUGGAGGUUCGCCAGCAGCCCAAGAGCCUCAAGUCCAAAGAGCUACAGAUCAAGAAGCAGUUCCAGGACACGUGUAAGAUCCAGACCAGGCAGUACAAAGCGCUGAGGAACCAUCUGUUGGAGACCACACCAAAGUCAGAGCACAAGGCUGUCCUUAAACGUCUGAAGCAGGAGCAGCACCGCAAACUUGCCAUCUUGGCAGAGCAGUAUGACCACUCCAUCAAUGAGAUGCUUUCCACUCAGGCGCUCCGUCUGGAUGAGACUCAGGAGGCUCAGUGCCAAGGACUACGAAUGCAGCUACAGCAGGAGCUGGAGCUUCUCAACGCCUACCAGAGCAAGAUCAAGAUGCAGACAGAUGCCCAACAUGACCGUGAAAGGAAGGACCUGGAGCAGAGGGUGUCACUCCGGAGGGCCCUGCUGGAACAAAAGAUUGAGGAGGAGAUGAUGUCCUUGGAGAAUGAACGCUCGGAGCGAACCCGGAGCCUGCUGGAACGUCAAGCCCGAGAAGUUGAGGCUUUUGAUUCGGAGAGCAUGCGCCUGGGCUUCGGCAACAUGGUGCUAGCAAACAUCUCCCCAGAGGCUCUCAGCAAUAGCUUUCCCGGGGCUCCAGCAAGUUGGAGUCACCAUCAGCAACAGCACCCACCCGGAAGCUCUCCAGGGUCGCCAUGGGGCAGUGGCGGUUCAAGCGCAGGGUCCAGCCACCACGGCAGUCAUCACCACUAUCACUCCAGUCCGGGAGGGGCACCUAUGCAGCAAGCCUGGGGCCAGGGAGGCGGGGCUCCAUCACCGUGGGGCCACCCAUCAACAGCGGCCCUGGUCUCCCGCAGCAGUGGAGGUGUACAGAACAGCCCCCAAGCAAUGGGGAGGACACCCUCAGGAGGGCGCAGUGAGCAGAACAUGAGCAGGAGUACCAGUGUCACCUCUCAGAUAUCUAACGGGUCACACCUCUCCUACACAUAGAUCCCCUGUCGGCCUUGGAGUCAGAGUUUAGGCGUGGAGAUGUAGAAUCCAACAAACAAAGCAGGACAGAAUAUUGGCAGAGCUCUGCUGCUCUGUCUCUCUCUCUCUCUCUGUGUCUCUCUCUCUGCGUUUCUCCCGUGUACAGAUGUGGAAGUGCGAUGAAAAUAAAUGUUGCUCAGGUCAAAAGGGCUGGAAGAGACCCAGCCCGUCCUCACGGCAGUUUAUCGGCACACACAGAUCCUUAAAUUUAUGUUACAUAAGAAAUUUGAGUGUCAACACAUAAUGCUCCCAUUUGUUUUUAUUUACAGCUCUCUCCUCCAGAAUUUUUUUAAAAAUGUAUGUUUCAUGCUAUUCACAGCCAUUGCUCUCAUUUUGCACAUGAAACACUGUUAAAAAAGAUUUUUGACAUGUGUUAACAAUGUCUUCAAACGAUCACAUUGAACUAAUUUUAUUUAGCCCCCCCCCCCCCCCCGCUUCACUCUCCCGAUUCUGACGGUGGUUAAAAAUGCAGCAAAUCUAACUUAAGAUGCUUUGCUGUUGUGAUACCAGCCUGCUGUAAUGGUCAUUGAUAUAAAUCAGAUGCCUCCUUUCAUUCAGUACUUUUAUUUCACCUGAUUUCCUGGUCAGCUGACAAAAUGAGACAAAUUCAGAGCCAAAUAAACAAAUCUUAACCGUUUCCGGCUUACGUUACAACACUACUACAGUGCCUUUUAAUCCGUGAUUAUAGUAGUCGAUCUCAGAUGUUUAUAGUUUGAUAUUUUAAAUUUCAUCAUCAGUUUAUAAUCGGUGCCAGAGUAUGUUAAGAUUAUUUUUAUUUUAGCUCCAGAGGUCUUAAAUACUUUUCUCAGAUUAUUAUACUUACUGUGUAUGCAGUAAAGUUGGUAAAAGUCUUAUAAAUAGUGAGAAAUAGAAAAAUACUUAUAUCAGUAUCUAUAUUUUUUGGUCUUUAGAGUGGUGGUACUCUAGGGGUGAACUUGGAAACCCCAGCGUUGCAUAGAAUGUCAUUGCACACAUUCACAGGAGGAAUAGUGAAGAGAUAGAAAAAAAAAAAAAAAGUAGACUCCAUUGCCUUCAAUAACAAUCCUAGUAUCGAUCUGUUGAUUUUUAUUAGUGCCUUUUUAAACUGCUGCCUUUUUCAAAGCACUUUAAACAGCGGAAUAUGUGUAAAAUUUGACUUCUUUUCGCUAAGCACCUGGUGGAUGAGUGUGUCGUCGGUACGCAUGUUGUUAGGUUGAGAAGUGGCGCUAACCCCUGCUGUAAUUUUUAGGAGCAAUUUCCCCGAAGUACAGACAAGACCUAGAGAAUGGCAAUAUGCUGCAUGUGAGUGAAAACAUUUCCCCCCCUUUCUGCAGCUUCAACUGUGUUUUAGAACCUGUAGCUGUUGUUGGUUACCGCCUAGGUGUGUUUAUGCUGAGGUUUGAUUGAAUAGAGGAUGUGAGGAUGCUGCAGGCUUUUUAGAUAUGUUUUGGCUACAGUUUCAUAAAACAAACUGAACUUGGUUAACUGAACAGAGUCCAUUAUGUGGAAGGCAGAAAGCUUAAGAUAAUUGUCAUGACCAUGACAGCAGGCUUGGCACUACUAAGAAAACUACAACACUGUUAAAAAAUGUCGGGGCUCAGUUAGGUAACACUAAAAAUGUGAAAGGUGCUAAGUUAUAAAUGCUACACCAUCUCAUCAGAACCCAAGAACAAGGGGGACUGAAUCAAGCACAUGCUCGCAUGAUGACAUUGUAUCACAUACAUUUAAAUGUCACUGUAAAGAGUCAAUUCACACUCUGAAAAUAGCCAAAUACAAAAUACAUGUGGCAAAAAGCACUUAGGUAGUCCUUUGAUAGCUCUAGUAGUUCCUCUAAUAAUAUCUGUUUCUGCUCACUGCCUUAUCUCUGGUUGGUGGUGGAAAUAUGAUUAGAGAAGCCGGUGCCCUUUAAACAUUUUAACAACCUCUCUGUACAAGUUAAGCUUUCCAAUUCCAUACAGAGUUUAAAAACUUUUGUUGAAAAAGGCCAUUAAAGAUAAUGAUCCAGAGAUGAUAAGGAUAUAUGUUCCCUUGAAUCACAAAGCUGGAGUUAAAUGUUCAUAUGUGUAUAUUUUAUUAAAGAAAACAUUUAAAGACUUAACUCACAUUUUAAGAAAAUUAUUUCUAAAACUAACUUUAUUUAACUGACAGACCACACUGAUAUUAGCAAAACCUUUCGCUCUUAAAGUGGUUUUGAGUUGUCUGGACAUAGCUCAUCGGAAGAUUUUCUUAGUUUUGUGUACACAGACAGAAUGCCUCGUAUGCAUGUAUUUGCUGUCAUCUCCUUUCAAAUGCCACUUCUUCAGUCAAGCAGCCAUAUCUGAGCAUCAUCACUGAAGUGUUUGUUCUCCCCCAUCGCACACGUUUGAUCAUUUGUCCCCUUCCACUCUGAUUCAGAGCCACCUGUUCAGAUGCCGGCUCUUUCUGAAUGUCAUGCUGCGAUAGAUUCCUAUCACAUUUGAGGACACAAAAAUGCUGGGGUGCUUUUCUUAAAAACGUGUAUAUAUUCUAUCCUUGAAAGUACGCAUUAUAUCGAGCUGCAAAUGGUUUGGUCCCAAAACACAAUUAUUUUUUUUAUUUUAUUUUUAAUGCUGAGUGACUAGUUCCAGCUACUGUGAGACAGCAGGUUAUUUUCAUCAUUUUGUUUCUGGUUUAUUGAUAUUUGGUAAAGAAAAGGAGAAUGUAUUUAUCGUGAUCUGAAUCUUACCUUAAGUCAAAAGCCAAGGCCAAGAGUUUGAAUGUUAGGCCAAUCAAACCUCACAUACAUGCCAACCUUAAGUUUGUAUGCACAACUUUUGUUCACUUUUAUGUCAAUGUUGUGUGUGAGGGAGUCUGGAUAUUGUUGUCAAUCAUUGUCUCCACAAACCUGGAUUUUAUUAUUAUUUUUUUUUUUACUUUAACUUUGAUGUCAAAUUUUGUCAUACUGACUGAAAGCUUAUCGGAAACAGAAUGAGAAUAGGCAACAAGAAUGGCGAUCCUAUCUAUGGUCAAAAACACUGUGCCAUACCUGAGUUGCCAAGCCCAGAUACCACUGCAUUGUCUCAUCACCAUGUUUUUACCUAUCAGAGGGCUGAUGGCAUGAAAUGAAUGAAACAUAGAAAAACAACAUGGUUCUGGUCUAGUGGCCAAAGUUAAAAGGCUUGAAAAGAUGAUGUGGCGACAGGCAAAUUAUGAAAAGAGAUUGCAUUUCUUUGAAGAUGUCAGUAUUCUUCUUUGGCACAUUACCACUACAACUCAUAACCUGUAUUAAAAUGUAUAGACGGUGGAACAUGUUAUUGAAUGUCAGAGAGAUUAUAAAGAUACUACAUAAGAGAUGGUAAAGUACUAAAAGUGGAUUUAAAUUGUGUAAAAAGAUUCAUAAAACAGAAUAAAAAUAGGAUCAAAUUUACUAUUUUGUUUGUAUUAUAUUUAGCUUUGUGUUGGCAGAGGGAUAUUGAACAGAAAUCAGCUGUAAUAAAGUAAUUUUAGUAUA